UUGGAUUACAGACACGGUUCCGUCCACACUGCACCGGAGUAUAGUGCGCGCGGCGCUGAGGCUGCACUUGUUUUGGGUUUAGCGGUAUUUGCGGUAUUUUGCGGUAUUAGCUGAGUUUAACGUUUGCGCAGUUUUUUUUUUGGUUCUUCGUUCUGCUUUCGUGACAAUGGGACUGUGAGCGCGCGCGCGACAUUCCAUCACACAGAGGAGAGGAUACCGAGGAGAAGAAAGGAGGAGAUGAAGGGAGCGCGCGGAGGAGACGGACUGUAACAGAGAGAGAGUGAAAGACAGAGAGAGAGAGAGAGAGAGAGAGAAGGAUAGAGAAAUAGAAGAAAAGAGAUACAGAGAGUGGUAGAGAGAGGCAUAGAAGGAGAGAUAGAGGAAAGAGUGGAUGAAAGAUAUAGAGAGAGAGUGGUAAAGAGACAGAGAGAGAGAGACAGAGAGAUAGAGAAAGAGAGACAUAGAGAGGGAGAGAGAGAGUGGUAGAGAGAGGGAUAGACAGUGAGAGAGUGGUAGAGAGAGGCAUAGAGAGAGGUAGAGAGAGAGAGAGAGAGUGGUAGACUGGUAGAGAGAGGGAUCCUGAGCGCGCGCUGUAACCGGGCGGUAUAUUCCGGGGCUGUGUGAAGUGUUCACCUGCGGGACCGCGCGCGCGCAGACAUGGGGCUCGGGUCGGAACGCUGCUGCCGCCGCUGCUGGCGGGUGGCGGUGACGGUGGCUGUGGCGGCUGCCGUGUGCGCGCUGCUCGCGCCUGCUGACGCUAACUCUGUGAAUGGAACCGAGUUGGUCAGCACCACCACUACUACUACAAACGUGACCUCCCUGCCAGCAGAGGGUGACGAGACGAAGCUGAAGGAAAUUAAUGAAGCAUUCCAAACUGUUGGUGACAUGUUCCUCCACCUCCGGGCUGGGCGUAAGCCGAGAGACGGGGGUGAGCAGGGCAGCGGUAUGCCGACGGAGGAGCUUCCUCAGGAGGUGGUCACCUCUACACCUGAACCUGAGGCCGAGACAGAAACUGUAGAAGUGGAAAGUCCAGACAUAAGCCAAGAUUCAGCAGAAACUGACCACCUGCUGACUCAUGAUAGCUUCAUGGAAGAAGAGGACCUGAGGCCGCACGUGACCACGGAGACACCGUGGCACGUUCCCAAAGUGAACAUGGAGACCACUGUGUUUGACCUGGACCUUCGGGAAUUCCCAACAACCCAAACCCAUCCCGCGGUUCCCCCUUCCCAGCCCGUGACCGUAGACUUUGACAACGGUUCCCGCAAGGAGCUUGUCCCACCUUCCCCCUCAGCCCAUGAGCUUCAAGGUCGUGACCCAACCGCCUGGGCCAUGCCCGACAACUACGACUACCUCACUCCAUACGACGAAACUGUUUCCACAACUUCGGAUGACUACAGCACCACUGCCAACACGUUCGAAGAGGAACCGACCACUACUACUCCUCCACCCAGAACCUUCCGCCCCCGCCUGCCCAACCCGAUCACCCCUUCCAAGGAAGAAGUCCUUCGCGUAGGAAUCUCCAGCAAUGGCGCUGACUGUCGGCUGGGCAACAUUCUCGCUAACGGUACCUGCAGGUCUCAGUGCGAAGUGCUGCCAAACUACUGCUUCAACGGGGGACAGUGCUACGUCCUGGAUGGCAUUGGCGUCUUCUGCAGGUGUAAUAUCCAGGACUACAUGUGGCAUAAAGGUGCUCGGUGCGAGUCGGUGAUCACGGAGUUCCAGGUGAUGGUUAUCGCUAUCGGAGCGUCGGCCCUGACCGUCCUGCUGCUCUUCAUGAUCAUCGUCUGCUUUGCCAAGAAACUCCACGUCCUGAAGACCGAGAACAACAAACUGCGCAAACGCAGCAGUAAGUAUCGCCCGUCCUCGGAGCAGCACAAUGAUAAUUUCUCUCUCUCGACCAUCGCUGAGGGCUCCCACCCAAACGUAAGGAAACUGUGCGACACCCCCCCUGUCCUCCCUCAUGCUCGUGCUUUGGCUUACUAUGAUAACAUUAUCUGUCAGGACGAUCCGAACGCCCAGAAUAAACUGGAGGACCCGGUGAAGGCCCCCCCGCCCAAAGAGGACGAGUCUCUGAACAUCCAAAACUCGCUCACCCCCAAGCAUGAGAACCACAAGAUGCUGGGGGAGGAGAACUCCUCGGAGGUAAACUCCCUGCAGAACAACAUGAUGUAGAGAACACCACCACCACCAUCACCAGGGCUCCGCCUCCACCCAGCGCACCACCACCACCACAGCCAAUCACAACACAGCAGAAACUCUGCAGCUACGCCCUCCCCCCCAGCACCCGCACUCACUCAGCCCUUACGCCCACUCACUUCCCCAACGCAAACGCUGCCCCGCCCCCUUUUUCCACACAGUCUCUUUUGCCCUUGUUGUCCUGCCCUUUGAUGCCACACCCUGAUGUUACGCUAUCACACAUAAACACACACAUACUGUGUACACAAACAUCAACACACACUCAUACACACACUACACUUACACACACUCGAGACCUCAGCGUACGUCUUGCGAAGGCGACAUUCACCAAUCGCCACGUUGCAACCGUUAGAAGCUCGGAGUCGAACGUUAUAAGAAUGUUUGUUUAGCAACGGAUUAUGAGCAAAAAAUUUGAGAAGUAUGGUUAGUCUGUAACGUUAACGAAUAUUAAAACGUUACAAAGACCUAAACUGAAACCAAAAUUUAAUAGCACAUUUAAUAACCACUUAAUAAAGAAUCGAUUACAAUCAUAAAACCUGAAAUUCACAAUGAAGUGCAUUCUCUCACCAACAAUCAAAUCAAGUCGUUACGUGACGUCGAAUUCGACUAAUUCCCUAAAGGAACAAAGUGAAUCGAUUUCAAGGUGAAAUUUUAGAUAUCACAGGAUUCUAAAUCAUAUAGCAAAGAAUCGAUUGUAAAUCUAAUUAAUCUGAUUAAAUUGAAAUUAGAAAUCGUGAUAUUUGAGAGUACAUAGUGUUUUAUAUAGAGUUUUACAGAAACAUUUUAAAUAAAAAUCUAAUAGAUCAAUAUUCACUUGUGAGGUGUGAUGAGUCCGUUACUAAAGAAUAAAAUGUACCAAAAAAUUGUUAAAUUGUGAAAUUUAAAGAUAUAAUUUUAAAAUAGUUGUACUAAGAAUUAAAAGAACAGUGGAAUUCUAGAUAUCAUGGCAAAUAAAACAAUUUCCUAAAAAUUCAAAUAGAUGGACUUCUUAAAUUUGAUAAUUAAUUAAUUAUUACCACACUGAUUUGUUUAAGUCUGUAACGUUAAUGAUUAUUAGAACAUUAGAACGUAUUAGAACAUGUGCAGCUAGAUGUAGAGUAACUUUAAAAAAAGGAAAGAACAGAUUGACACAAGUGACGUUGCAGUGACGUUAAAAACGUUCAACUUGAAAAAAACGUUCGAAGAAUGAUUGAAGAACUCGAACGAUUCAGAAAACGUUCAGGAAACGUUCUACUAACUAAAAUUUAGUAUCUGGUAAAGUACCUUAACUUCGCAACAACGCCUGUGAUUGGUUGAGAGCGUAGGCGACGAUUUUCCCAGCUCAUAAAUUUGCUUUCAAAGACGUGAAUUUCGAUGUUUUGUCGUUUCGCCGCUUCAACGCUUCGCAGGAAGUAUGCCGAGGCCGCACAAACUCACACACACCUGUACACACACUUACACACACUCACACACACACACCUUCCCCUGCCUAACUGAUUUACGGCAUGCGUUGGUGUAUUUUGUAAAAAGGAACAAACGAAAAAAAGUGAAUAAUAAAACAUAUAUGGGGUUUAAAGUAUAAAAUGUUGUCAUAAAGCAGAAGAAGAAGAAGAAUAAAAAGCUACUGAGAGGUUUUUGAUGUUUGUCUGACUAAUUCAGUGAGUAUGUAUAAAUAUAUGAUAAAAAUGCUUGGAUUGAUAUAAAGAUAAACACGGUGUGUCUUCGUUUUCAUUGAUGUGAUUUCUAAUCCUUUGAUGUACUUGUUUUUAUUUUGUACUUUUUUGGGAAUACAGAUUACGAACAGAAAAAAAAAAAUAUCAGACACUUGUUGAAAUAAACCUUUUUAACAUGAA